AAUAUUAUUUUUUUUUUCAAUUUUUUUCCGACAAAAAAUUUUUUUUCUUUAAGGAACGGUGUGCGUCUUUCAACAAAUUUUAUUGAUUUGCCACAUACAAUUAUGAAAGGAGUUAAAUUUUAUCCGGACGAUCGUAAUGGCAACAAUCGUCGCCGUUCAUCACGCGAAUUGCGUGGGCCUAAAAUUUUUGAAGGCGUUUAUAUGCAAAGUUUACCGGUAUCUUCUGUUCAACGAAAGCAACAGCAUCAGUCUGAGCGAAGAUCUGACAGUCCUAAAGUUAACAAUAAGAAGGAUUCUGAGGUGGAAACGAGGUCUCCUACGCAAUUGGCACAUGAGGAAUAUGGCGAAUAUAAAAAGUAUGAUUUGUGUAAAUAAGGAUGCCUUUUGAUGUUUUGAUCUAUGGGGCUUUGUAAAUUUCUUUAGGUCCUUUACAUUUGGCAUUUUUGGUUAUUGUUUGUUUAAGGAUUUUAUUGUGUUGAAUUUACCUCUAGCUAUCAAAGACGUAUUUAAUCAUGCCUACCCCCGAAAUCCACCAUACUUCCUCACUAACGAGUAGAGAUUGGAAAUCUGAAAAUUAGCCUUGGUCAUGAGGUUAGUCUUGGUCAUCAACUUUUCUCUGGGGACUUAUGUUAGUAGCUUGAGAAGUUUGUAUACUUUUUAAUUGUGGUAAUCGGAAGGGAAAGCGUUUGCAAACGAAAGCUUGCGUGUGCUUGAGUUAGCAUAAAUUUAUACGUUUUUAAACUCAUUUUCUCCUUUUUAUGAU